AUGUUCAAGUCUAUGGUGACAGUCGCCAAGGUUACCCUCGUGUUCCUCAACAUCUGGGUCCUUGCUGUUGUGCUCGUUGUCUCCUUGGGUCAUUGGCGGGUGUUCGAGUCUAACGAUCUUUCGUCCAACUUUGACGACUCUCAUUUCGUGGUCAUGAGGGAACUCCAAGAGGAGGAAAAUAGAAAGCCAGGACCUGUCGGGAGUAACCUCUCCAACAGUUUCAACUUCAACCCGUUUGCCCAAUUAUCACCUGCAGCUCCUAUAGAACAACGUCUUCGGCUAGUGAAUCACAACCACAGACCUUCUAGAGCACCUGCUCACGACUCUACCCCUUCACCAGCUCAAGCAUCUGCAGAUCUACGAGUCAGAAACCUUCGCCACUUGUGCCAGCAGCAACACCCACAUAAAACACUGCAUGAACACAUCCCUAAAACAAAACUAAGCUCCAUCUUGGUGGAGGAGAAGCACAAACUGUUAUUCUGUCAGAUUCCAGGGGUGGCCAUCAACGAAUGGCGAAAGAUUAUUCUAAUACUUAGCGGAAUUGUCAACGCUACAAGCACCGGUGCCAUUUCUGGGGGCGAUGUCUAUGGCAAAUACGCUAAAAACUCCAAACGACUCAGCGAUUAUGGGGAUAAAGAACGAAGCGAAAUGCUCAAAUCGUAUUAUAAAGUUAUUUUCGUCCGGGAUCCCCUAGAAAGACUUGUCAUAGCCUACAGAACAAAGCUUUUAAGCAAAGGCUCCAAAUAUUUUCAUCGAGCAUUCGGCUCACCCAUUAUUAAAAAGUACCGCCAAAACGCCACAGACUUUGAUAUAAAACAAGGAACGAACGUUCUUUUUCCGGAGUUUGUGAAAUUUAUCAUAGACAACGAGCAUGAAGGGGCUAUAGCUCUAAACGAGCAUUGGGAACAGUAUUAUAAACAGUGCCAUCCCUGCCUUGUAGAUUACGACUUUGUGGGGACAUUUGAGGAUGUUGAGAAAGAUAUCAAGUUAGUACUAGACAAACUCACAAUAAAACCGGAGAUCAAACCUCCAUAUGUGACAGACACAAAAAUGUUAUCCCAAAGUGAAUUACGUCAAGUUUAUGGUGACAUUCGAGCCUACGAGCUCAAUAAUUUAUUUAAAGUUUAUUCUCCAGAUUACACAUUAUUUGGUUAUCAGUGUCCGAGUUUUAUCCAUGAGCUAUUGCAGCAAGGCAACAUAUUCCAUGAUUAUUGA